AUGGAGGAGGUGGUGUUCAUGACCUACACUGUGGCCAACGACCAGGGGGAGAUUGAGACACUUCACUCUUGGGAGUUGACGCAGGUGAGGAGCGCUGUGUCUCUGUCCCGGGACGCCUCAGGGCGGCCGCCGAUGGAGGCGCUGCCCGGUGAGGAGGCUCUGGCCCUGCAGGAGGCCAGCAGCGGUGUGGUGCGUCUGAGAGCCGGGGACCCUUUCUCUGAGGAAAUGAGCGCUCUGUGGCUGGCUGUCCAGAGUCUGGGCUUCACGCUGGUUUGCGAGCCCCAUGAGAACCUGCUGCUGGCUGAGGGAACCCUCCGCAACCUGACCCGACACUGCCUGGAGCACCUGCACAUGCUGGGGCAGGGGAGCGAGGUCCUGCUGAGGAGCAACCGCAUCGACGCUCUGCUCAGCCGCCUGCUUCCCCAUGGCCAGCUCCUCUUCCUCAACCACCGCUUCGCCCAGAGUCUGGAGAAGGACGUCGCAGCCUACAUGGCCAAGUGAACCCCCGGCCACACCGAGGCACCGUCCACCUGACUUCCAGUGCGACAUCCAUUACUGCGAGCUGCGUCUGCGAGCUCUCGAACAAACAAGUCCACUCUUGUUUACCUCGGGUGACAUUUCUGCGGCGGCGGAAGAAGCACGGACAACUGGCAGCUGCUGUUUCAGAUUACAUGAGGUGGUAAACACACAGAGUGGUAAAUAUUUCCCCCUCAGCCACUCGCAGCUCACUCUUGACUGUUUACUGUGUGGGAGGCUUCAGUUCAAAUCCUGUUUGUCAAAUUGAGGAGUGGAAAGGAGAAUGUGGCAGAUUAGAGAGUGAGGCUGAAGAGGCCAGUUAAUACCUACUCACCGGCAUCAAAGGCCUCCAUUUAUCUAAUUCACCGCACUUCAAAUGUCCACGCGUGACCUUGAACAACCGAGACUUCACCUGUUCCUUUGGACAGUUCUCCAAAUGUGUAAAAGAAUCUGAAAGUGCUCUAUCGUCGAGUCGUGACUUCCAACUGAGCUUCUGUUCCAGGAGAGUGGGAGGAAACCGGAGCAAAGAAAAAUCAAAGUCAAACCGGUUUAACGUCAUUUUUAAAAAAAAACCCAAAUAUGUCGGAAUCCUUGAGACGCCGAGGACAAAGAAAAACGACGGGAGAUGAUGUGAAAUAUUUAAAAAACACAAUGGAUGAAUGAGGACAUGUUGGCACGAAGAACAAAUAAGAAAUCUAUUCCCAUAUCUGAACAUCUGUUGGACUUCUGACAGCGUUCCCCCCCCCUCUCCUCCUGCUCUCAUUAAAUUCUCUUAAACCCCCAGUUUCUGUGUUGGCAACCAAAUCCAAAACUAAACAUGUGGUAUUCAAGGAGAACAAAUCUGUCUGGAUGCCAGCAUCAGUUGCUUUGAUUGUUUCCUUUUUUUCUGUAUUGAAAAAUUAAACUCAAUUCUAGUAUUACCCAAGGCGUACUCUGUGACACUCGAGUACACAGGACGUGUUUUCCCAAAACAAGGCUCAGGGGAUUGAAGAUUAAAGUGAUGAAUCACACACAAAUGAUUUAGAGGUUGUGUUGCUCCCAUGGGGUAAAAAAAACAAAAAAAACACACACAACACACAAACUGAACAUCAGCUGGAUAAGUGAAUCAGGUGAACAAGUUCUACUGUACACCAGCAGAGGGCGAC